AACAUUUGGAUUUUUAUUUUUUACUCAACCAAAUUCAAUUUGAAAUUAGAGUUUGAGAAAAAUGUCUUCAGCAAGCAGUCGAACACCAGAGAUUCAGCAGUACAACUGUACGUUGAGUCCGACACUAAUUGAAAAGGCAGAGAAGGAGUUAAAUGAGAAAGCUCAGUGGAGAGAUAGAGAUAUCCAGGCUCUCAGGGAUAUGGUGGUUGCUAAUAAAGCCUUAAAAUGUCCACUAGAUGGUGGCCAUUUGAUAAAAUUUCUGAGAGCUCGAAAGUUUGACUAUGAGAGAGCCUACAACCUCCUAAUUAGUUACUACACAGCUCGAGCAAACAGCUCACAGUACCUGAAAGAUUUAGUCCCCAGCAUGUGCAAAGAACUACUAGAUUGUGGAAUUACUUGCAUGUUCCCUAAUAAGGAUUCACAGGGAAGAAGGAUUAUGUAUAUUAGACCAGGCAAAUGGAACCCAGCUAGCAUGCCAAUGAUGGAGAUUUUAAAAGUUAACAUGCUAUCUCUAGAGAUGGUUAUCAAGGAGGAAGAUACUCAAGUCAAUGGUGUCAUAUGCAUAGCCAACAUGUCAGACAUGACAAUGGAUCAUGUCAAAAAUUUCGACAGAAAUUAUAUCAAAAUUAUGAGCAGCAUAAUUCAAGAUGCCUUUCCAAUGCGUUUCAAAGGCUUUCACUUCAUCAACGAGCCAACAGUAUUUGGCUACUUGUUCUCCCUUGUUAAGCCAUUCUUGAAGGAGAAGAUUGUUCAGAGAUUAAACUUCCACGGUUCAUCCCUCGAUAGCCUUCACAAGGUCUUCGAUAAGAGGUAUCUACCCAAAGAAUUGGACGGCGACCUUCCACCUGGUGACGAGAUUGCUCAAGUGAUAUUCUUUCAUUCCUUCAUUUAUUUCUUCAUUCAUGCGAUUAUUCAUCUAUUUUUUUUACACUCAGUGAUUUAUUCAUUCAUUCGUUCAUUCAUUCAUUCAUUUAUUCAUUCAAUCAAUCAAUCCGCUACAAACAGCUGUGGAAACACACGCUCCUGGCGAACGAUUCGAUAUUCGAAGAAAUGA